UCAUUUUGGCUGUGGAUCACAACUCAGAUAACAAGAAUUAUUGGAGCGGUACAAACCUUCUUUGCGGGCACGAUGAGUAACAAACCACCUCCGGACGAGAAGCUUCUGGAACUGAAUUUACAUUCCCAUUUCAUCAUCGGCUCCAUUUCGGAGGAUAACUCUGAAGAUGAGACAAGCUCCUUGGUGAAAAUUGAUUUGCUGGAAGAAAAAGAGCAGUCCAUCUCUCCGGUCUCCGUCAGUUCGGACUCUCUUUCCGACCUCAGUUCCUCCAGUGCUCAAGAGGCCCUUCACAUGAGGCCAAGCAUGUCCGGCCUUCAUCUCAUGAAACAAGGCCGGGAUAGGAAGAAGGUCGAUCUACAGAGGGAUUUCACAGUUGCAUCUCCAGCAGAGUUUGUCACCCGUUUUGGAGGGAACAAAGUUAUUGAGAAGGUUCUCAUUGCCAAUAAUGGGAUAGCGGCCGUCAAAUGCAUGAGGUCCAUCAGGCGUUGGUCUUACGAGAUGUUCCGGAAUGAGCGAGCCAUUCGUUUCGUGGUUAUGGUGACGCCAGAAGACUUAAAAGCCAAUGCAGAGUAUAUUAAAAUGGCUGAUCAUUAUGUUCCGGUCCCUGGAGGUCCAAAUAACAAUAACUAUGCUAACGUGGAACUGAUAUUGGAGAUUGCAAAACGAAUACCUGUGCAGGCCGUGUGGGCCGGCUGGGGCCAUGCGUCAGAGAACCCCAAGCUUCCAGAACUGCUCCACAAAAACGGCAUUGCUUUCAUGGGUCCUCCAAGCCAAGCGAUGUGGGCAUUAGGAGAUAAAAUCGCUUCUUCUAUAGUGGCACAAACUGCGGGUAUCCCUACCCUUCCGUGGAGUGGCAAUGGUCUCAAAGUAGAUUGGCAAGAAAACGACUUUCAAAAGCGGAUCUUGAACGUUCCCCAGGAACUAUAUGAGAAGGGCUGUGUGACGGAUGUGGAUCAUGGGUUGCAGGCUGCCGAAGCUAUUGGUUAUCCGGUCAUGAUCAAAGCCUCUGAGGGAGGAGGAGGCAAAGGAAUCCGGAAAGUAAACAAUGCUGAUGAUUUUCCCAACCUUUUUAGACAGGUACAAGCUGAGGUGCCCGGCUCACCAAUCUUUGUGAUGCGACUGGCUAAGCAAUCCCGCCACCUUGAGGUCCAGAUCCUUGCGGACCAAUAUGGCAACGCCAUCUCCCUCUUUGGCCGAGACUGUUCCGUGCAGCGCCGGCAUCAAAAAAUUAUUGAGGAAGCUCCAGCAUCUAUUGCAACGUUGGCUGUCUUUGAACAUAUGGAACAGUGUGCGGUCAAACUCGCCAAGAUGGUGGGCUACGUCAGCGCCGGGACGGUGGAAUAUCUUUACAGCCAGGAUGGGAGUUUUUACUUUUUGGAGCUAAACCCUCGGCUGCAGGUCGAGCAUCCUUGUACAGAAAUGGUAGCGGACGUCAACCUGCCUUCCGCUCAACUCCAAAUUGCGAUGGGAAUUCCUCUUCACAGGAUCAAAGAUAUCCGGGUCAUGUAUGGGACUUCCCCGUGGGGGGACACCCCUAUUGACUUUGACAGCUCGGCCCAUUUGCCUUGUCCACGGGGUCACGUGAUCGCAGCCCGUAUCACCAGUGAGAACCCUGAUGAGGGAUUUAAACCCAGUUCUGGAACAGUCCAAGAAUUGAACUUUCGCAGUAAUAAGAACGUCUGGGGUUAUUUCAGCGUGGCUGCCGCAGGAGGCCUUCAUGAAUUUGCAGACUCUCAGUUCGGCCACUGUUUCUCGUGGGGAGAAAACCGUGAAGAAGCCAUCUCAAAUAUGGUUGUUGCUCUGAAAGAACUGUCCAUUCGAGGCGACUUCAGAACCACCGUGGAGUACUUGAUUAAGCUGCUUGAAACGGAAAGCUUUCAGCACAACCGCAUUGACACUGGUUGGCUGGACCGGCUGAUUGCAGAGAAAGUGCAGGCGGAGAGACCAGACACCAUGCUGGGAGUGGUGUGUGGGGCCCUACAUGUGGCUGAUGUCAGCCUGCGGAAUAGCAUCUCCAACUUUCUCCACUCCCUGGAGAGGGGUCAAGUUUUGCCUGCCCAUACAUUGUUGAACAUAGUGGACGUGGAACUCAUUUACGAAGGGAAGAAAUAUGUACUAAAGGUAGCUCGGCAGUCUCCAAACUCCUACGUUGUCAUCAUGUCCGGUUCCUGCGUGGAGCUUGACGUUCACCGGCUAAGUGAUGGAGGUCUCCUUUUGUCCUAUGAUGGGAGCAGCUACACAACCUACAUGAAAGAAGAAGUGGACAGGUAUCGCAUCACCAUUGGCAAUAAAACUUGUGUGUUUGAGAAGGAAAAUGACCCGUCGAUUCUUCGGUCCCCCUCAGCCGGGAAACUCAUCCAGUACGUGGUGGAAGAUGGCGGACAUGUCUUUGCUGGGCAAUGCUUUGGUGAAAUUGAGGUGAUGAAGAUGGUGAUGACACUCACAGCGGCGGAAUCGGGCUGCAUCCAUUAUGUGAAACGUCCUGGAGCAGCCCUUGAGCCAGGCUGCAUAAUUGCUAAAAUGCAACUGGAUGACCCAAGCCGAGUUCAACAGGCCGACCUCCAUACGGGAACCCUGCCCCAGAUCCAGAGCACAGCCCUGCGGGGUGAGAAGCUUCACCGGAUCUUCCAUUAUGUCUUUGACAACCUACUCAAUGUGAUGAACGGAUUCUGCCUUCCAGAUCCCUUUUUCACCAACAAAGUGAAGAACUGGGUUGAACGCUUAAUGAAGACUCUCCGGGAUCCAUCCUUGCCUCUACUGGAGCUCCAAGAUAUCAUGACCAGUGUCUCUGGGCGGAUCCCGCCCAACGUGGAAAAAUCCAUCAAAAAAGAAAUGGCACAGUAUGCAAGUAACAUCACCUCUGUCCUCUGCCAGUUUCCCAGCCAGCAGAUUGCCAACAUCCUGGACAGUCAUGCCGCCACCUUAAACCGCAAAUCGGAGCGCGAGGUUUUCUUCAUGAACACUCAGAGUAUUGUGCAGCUGGUUCAAAGAUACCGAAGUGGCAUCCGAGGUCACAUGAAGGCAGUCGUGAUGGAUUUGCUUCGGCAGUACCUAAGGGUGGAAACUCAGUUCCAACACGGUCACUAUGAAAAAUGCGUCUUUGCUCUUCGAGAGGAGAACAAAAGCGAUAUGAACACUGUGCUCAACUACAUCUUUUCCCAUGCCCAGGUGACCAAGAAGAACCUCCUUGUGACAAUGCUCAUUGAUCAGCUGUGUGGCCGAGAUCCAACCCUGACCGAUGAGCUGAUCAACAUUCUGACGGAGCUGACCCAGUUGAGUAAGACCACCAAUGCCAGAGUGGCCUUACGAGCCCGCCAGGUGCUGAUCGCUUCCCACCUGCCCUCCUACGAACUCCGUCACAAUCAGGUGGAAUCCAUCUUCCUCUCGGCCAUUGACAUGUACGGGCACCAGUUCUGCAUCGAGAAUCUGCAGAAACUUAUCCUUUCCGAGACUUCCAUCUUUGAUGUGCUCCCCAACUUCUUCUACCACAGCAACCAGGUGGUGCGAAUGGCAGCUCUGGAGGUGUAUGUUCGGAGGGCAUACAUCGCCUACGAGCUGAACAGCGUCCAACAUCGCCAGCUGAAAGACAACACAUGUGUGGUGGAAUUCCAGUUUAUGCUCCCGACUUCACAUCCAAACAGAGGGAACAUUCCCACGCUCAACAGAAUGUCCUUCUCGUCUAACCUUAACCAUUACGGGAUGGUCCACGUGGCCAGCGUGAGCGACGUUCUCCUGGACAAUUCUUUCACCCCACCGUGCCAGCGCAUGGGAGGCAUGGUUUCCUUCCGAACCUUUGAAGACUUUGUCCGACUUUUUGACGAGAUUAUGGGAUGCUUUUGCGACUCUCCACCUCCGAGCCCCACCUUUCCAGAAUCAGGACACCCAUCCCUCUAUGAUGAAGACAAGAGUGCUCGAGAUGAACCUAUCCAUAUCCUAAAUGUUGCCAUUAAGACGGAUUGUGAUAUCGACGAUGAAGGUCUCGCUGCCAUGUUCAGGGAAUUCACGCAGGGCAAGAAAGCUGUCCUGAUUGACCACGGAAUUCGACGACUAACUUUUCUAGUGGCCCAAAAGGAUUUCAGAAAACAAAUCAACUGUGAGGUGGACCAAAGAUUUCACAGGGAAUUCCCCAAAUUCUUCACAUUCCGUGCCAGGGAUAAGUUCGAAGAAGACAGAAUCUACCGCCACUUGGAACCGGCUCUGGCAUUCCAGCUGGAGCUCAACCGAAUGCGCAACUUUGACCUCACCGCCAUCCCAUGUGCCAAUCACAAGAUGCACCUCUAUCUGGGGGCAGCGAAGGUUGAGGCAGGAGCGGAGGUCACCGAUUACCGAUUCUUUGUCCGAGCGAUCAUCCGCCAUUCGGACUUGGUGACUAAGGAAGCGUCGUUUGAAUACCUACAGAAUGAGGGGGAGCGCUUGCUUUUAGAAGCCAUGGACGAGCUGGAAGUAGCUUUCAACAACACAAAUGUGCGCACCGACUGCAACCACAUUUUCCUCAACUUCGUCCCUACCGUUAUUAUGGAUCCUUCAAAGAUCGAGGAAUCUGUUCGGAGCAUGGUUAUGCGCUACGGGAGCCGUCUGUGGAAACUGCGAGUCUUGCAAGCUGAGCUGAAGAUUAACAUUCAGCUCGCACCCAGCGGCAAGGCUAUUCCAAUCCGGCUCUUCUUGACCAACGAGUCUGGCUAUUACCUUGACAUAAGCCUGUAUAAAGAAGUGACGGACUCCAGAACUUCCCAAAUUAUGUUCCAGGCUUAUGGCGAUAAGCAAGGGCCCCUACACGGGAUGCUGAUCAAUACUCCGUAUGUAACAAAGGACUUACUCCAGUCGAAGAGAUUCCAGGCCCAAUCCCUGGGAACAACCUACGUGUAUGAUAUUCCUGAAAUGUUUCGGCAGUCUUUGAUCAAAUUAUGGGACUUUAUGAAGGAAUUUGCGAUUCUUCCUGCUCCUCCUUUGCCUUCUGAUUUGCUGACAUAUACGGAGCUUGUCCUGGAUGACCAAGGCCAGUUGGUACAGAUGAACAGGCUUCCUGGAGGGAAUGAGAUUGGAAUGGUGGCUUGGCGCAUGACUCUCAGGACCCCUGAGUAUCCAGAUGGCCGAGACGUCGUCGUCAUUAGCAAUGACAUCACGUAUAAGAUCGGAUCCUUCGGUCCCCAAGAAGACUUGCUUUUUCUCAGAGCAUCAGAGCUGGCUCGGGUAGAGGGUAUCCCUCGGGUUUAUGUCGCUGCCAACAGCGGGGCCAGGAUUGGCUUGGCUGAAGAAAUUCGUCACAUGUUCCACGUUGCAUGGGAAGAUCCAGCCAACCCCUAUAAGGGAUUCAAGUAUCUGUACCUAACUCCUCAAGAUUAUAAGAAAGUCAGUGCCUUGAAUUCAGUACAUUGUGAACAUGUGGAAGACGAAGGAGAAUCAAGGUAUAAAAUUACAGAUAUUAUUGGGAAAGAAGAUGGCCUGGGGACCGAGAACCUGCGCGGAUCUGGCAUGAUUGCUGGAGAAUCCUCCCUUGCUUAUGAAGAGAUCAUCACCAUCAACCUGGUGACCUGCCGUGCCAUCGGAAUUGGGGCUUACGUUGUCCGGCUGGGACAAAGGACAAUCCAGGUGGAAAAUUCACAUAUAAUCUUGACCGGUGCUGGAGCGCUCAACAAAGUGCUUGGAAGAGAGGUGUACACUUCUAACAACCAGCUGGGUGGUAUCCAGAUCAUGCAUAACAAUGGAGUGACCCACAGCACUGUGUGUGAUGACUUUGAAGGUGUCUACACCAUUCUGCUGUGGCUCUCAUACAUGCCAAAGAGCGUGUUCAGUCCAGUCCCGAUGCUCAUUGUGAAGGAUCCGAUAGACAGAACAAUCGAUUUCCUUCCCACCAAGGCUCCCUACGAUCCUCGCUGGAUGCUUGCUGGACGACCUCACCCAACUCAGAAGGGCCAGUGGCUGAGCGGUUUCUUUGAUUACGGCUCUUUUUUGGAGAUCAUGCAACCCUGGGCUCAGACGGUUGUGGUUGGCAGAGCCAGGCUAGGCGGCAUACCUCUUGGAGUGGUUGCUGUUGAAACAAGGACAGUAGAACUGAGCAUUCCUGCAGAUCCCGCAAAUCUAGACUCAGAAGCCAAGAUUAUCCAGCAAGCUGGCCAGGUGUGGUUUCCUGACUCUGCUUUCAAAACCGCAGAAGCCAUCAAGGAUUUUAAUCGGGAGGGACUUCCGCUGAUCGUCUUCGCCAACUGGAGAGGUUUCUCAGGUGGAAUGAAAGAUAUGUAUGACCAGGUGCUGAAAUUUGGGGCCUACAUUGUAGACGGUCUGCGAGAAUAUAAGCAACCGGUCCUUGUUUAUAUCCCACCCCAAGCAGAACUCCGAGGAGGGUCCUGGGUGGUGAUCGACCCCACCAUUAAUCCUCGACAUAUGGAAUUGUACGCUGACCGGGACAGCAGAGGUGGCGUUUUGGAACCUGAAGGGACAGUGGAAAUCAAAUUCCGAAAGAAAGACUUAGUAAAAACCAUGAGGCGUGUGGAUCCCGUCUAUAUGGGACUGGCAGAGCGACUUGGCACCCCGGAGUUAAACCCAGCUGAGCGGAAGGAUCUGGAGGCCAAGCUGAAGGAGCGGGAAGAAUUCCUAAUUCCCAUUUACCAUCAGGUAGCGGUGCAGUUUGCUGACUUGCACGACACACCCGGCCGGAUGCAGGAGAAGGGUGUCAUUACCGAUGUGCUAGAAUGGAGAACCUCCCGUUCGUUCUUCUACUGGAGAAUACGGCGUCUUCUUCUGGAGAACUUGGUCAAGAAAAAGAUCCACACGGCAAAUCCUGAACUCACCGAUGGCCAGAUUCAGGCAAUGCUGAGACGCUGGUUUGUGGAAGUCGAAGGCACAGUUAAGGCCUACUUAUGGGACAACAACAAGGACCUGGUGGAGUGGCUGGAGAAACAGCUGGCAGAGGAAGAAGGAGCCCGGUCAGUGGUUGACGAGAACAUCAAAUACAUUUCCAGGGACUACAUACUCAAACAGAUACGAAGCUUGGUGCAGGCGAACCCAGAGAUAGCCAUGGAUUCCAUCGUCCACAUGACGCAGCACAUAUCGGCCACCCAGCGGGCCGAGAUCGUGCGCAUUCUCUCCACAAUGGACUCGCCCGCCUCCACGUAAGGAGACGCCCACCCACCCUUCCAUAGUGGCGGGCAAGAAAGGGCCGCGGGCCGCUCUCAACCCCCACACAACGUGGACCUGCCAAGAAACGCUGGAAAGUGACUUUUUAAUUAUUUUUCGUGUUUUUAAAAAAACCAGACUUCGACGGAAGACAACGGCAGGGUGUCCUUCUAGCUGCAAAAGACUCUAGGAACGCGCCCACACACAUCCACACACACACACACACACACACGCCUAAAAUAAUUUAUGGACGCCACGUAAUCGUACCUAUUUAUUUAACAAGAAAAUGAAACUGGACCAAUAUUGUAA